AUGAAUGGGACUCUCCAGUGUGCUGACCCCUGCCAGGAGUACACUGUGCUGAAUGAUGACUGGCGAUCAACAAAGAACACGUCCCCCCAGAACCUACACUGUGACCAACAUGUUGACUGGCAGGGCUGGUAUCGGCUGUUUCUGGGGCAAACAAGUGCUCAUAUUCCAGAAAGGUGUGUGGCUGAAAGAAGGUGUGGAACCCAUGCUCCUCUGUGGAUAACAACUCCUCAUCCCACACAGUCAGAGGUGAACGGAGCAACUCCCGAAAAUCCUUCAACCACACCUGAUCCAAGUACAGCGACCUCUUCUGCCAGUCAGGUCAAUAUCACCUCCACCACAACACCCGACAACAGCUCAGCAGUUGAGGGUGAGGUCCGUCUGGUUAACAGAGGGAACCAGUCCUGCUCUGGCAGAGUAGAGAUCUUCCACCGUGGACAGUGGGGGAUGGUGUGUGAUGAUCAAUGGGGCCUGGCUGAUGCUCAGGUGGUGUGCAGACAGAUGGGCUGUGGCAGGGCUCUGUCAGCACCAUCAGUUGCCUAUUUUGGACAGGGCAGUGGACCCAUCUGGAUGGAUGAUGUCUCUUGCACAGGCAGCGAAUCAAAGCUUGGAGAGUGCAGGCACAGAGGGUUUGGAUCACACAACUGUGGACACAAUGAAGACGCUGGUGUCGUCUGUGAAGCUGCUGCACCAGUCAGGCUGGUCAACUCUAAUAACCGCUGCUCUGGCAGAGUGGAGGUCUACCAUGAUGGUCGGUGGGGGACAGUGUGUGACGAUGCCUGGGACCUCAGGGAUGCUGACGUGGUGUGUAGACAGCUGGACUGUGGCCCUCCUCGUUCAGCAUUACUAAAUGCAGCUUUUGGUCCGGGCAGUGGACCCAUCUGGUUGGAUGAUGUUGUUUGUUCCGGCAACGAAAAAUCAAUAACGGAGUACAGACAUCCAGGGCUUGGGGUCCACAACUGUAAUCACGUUGAAGAUGCCAAUGUCGUCUGUGAAGACUCUGCACUGCAUGAUCACCAGCUAAUUUGCAGCCCUGAUAAACUUCAAAUGGGGCUGGAUUUGGCUGACCUCACCUCAAGUUUGAACCCAUACUCUGGCAACUUGGCAUCUCUUAAUUGCUCCUGGGCCAGAGUACAAAAUAACACGGUGUGGUCUUCAGGGGGUAUUUUAGGAUCUGGUGCCGGACCCAGUGCCGUCAUGUCUCUUUUCCGUAACUCCGCCUUCACUGAGACUUUCCCAGCUGGAGGGGUCAACCUGCCACUGGGUUCACCUUUGUACGUGGGUGUCUCUGUAACAGAAAGAGAGCUCAGAUUUGUUGUUGUUCUGGAGGAAUGUUACGCCUCUCACUCAUCCGAUCCUCACUAUUACCAGCGAUACUCUCUCAUCCAGAACAAGUGUUCGACCGAUGCCCGACAGGUGUCUGUGAUUGAGAGCGGCAUGUCUUUGCGUGCUCGUUUCUCUGCCCUGCUCUUCCUGCUGGAGGACGAUUAUAGAGCCAUUUAUCUUCACUGCAACAUAAGCCUGUGUGACCGAGAGAGAUUUCACUGUGUCCCAUCCUGUCGAAGGAGGAAAUAUCGCUCUGUUUCCAGCUCUGUUGCUAUGGACCGCGUCACCAUUGGACCAAUUGCUUGGGACAAGUCAACUAAAAAGUUGAUAUCGUGGAUGUGGGCAAUAAUGGCGGUGCCUAGGAGUGUGUUAUUACUCCUGCUUUUACAGUUUUUUACUGUAAGAACAUCAGGAACACUUGUCUCCAGCUGUGAUUCAUGUCACGAUGAAGCCGCCUGCCACGAGUCUAAAGAAAGAGGCGACACUUUCUCAAGCCAGACGCUCUCUUGUGUCUGUAACGAUGGUUUUGUAGGUGAUGGCCUCAUGUGUUACAAUAUAAAACUCUGUAGUGACUCUUCUUGCUGUAAAGAAGGUUAUCAGUGGUCACCAGACAGGGGCUGUGUGGACACGGACGAGUGCUCUCUUACAGACUCCCCAUGCAAACCAUCUCAGGUUUGCACAAACACUCCAGGCUCUUUCGUAUGCUUGGAGCCUUCCCCCAGCUCCAGAUCAGGUCCCUCCUCCCAGUCUGUCCAGUUCAGCUGUGGAUCCACUGUGUGUCCUUCAGGCACAGACUGUGUCAGAAUGAAUGGGACUCUCCAGUGUGCUGACCCCUGCCAGGAGUACACUGUGCUGAAUGAUGACUGGCGAUCAACAAAUAACACGUCCACCCAGAACCUACACUGUGACCAACAUGUUGACUGGCAAGGCUGGUAUCGGCUGUUUCUGGGCCAAACCAGUGCUCAUAUUCCAGAGAAGUGUGUGGCUGAAAGAAGGUGUGGAACCCAUGCUCCUCUGUGGAUAACAACUCCUCAUCCCACACAGUCAGGUCAGAUUGUGAGCCGCACUGUGUGUGGCUCAUGGUCAGGAAGGUGCUGUCGUUUCUCCUCACACACCAUCCAUGUCAAGCUCUGCUAUGGAAACUACUUCAUCUACAAACUUGUACGGCCAAGCAACUGUCACCUUGCAUACUGUGCAGAGGUGAACGGAGCAACUCCUGAAAAUCCUUCAACCACACUUGAUCCAAGUACAGCGACCUCUUCUGCCAGUCAGGUCAAUAUCACCUCCACCACAACACCCGACAACAGCUCAGCAGUUGAGGGUGAGGUCCGUCUGGUUAACAGAGGGAACCAGUCCUGCUCUGGCAGAGUAGAGAUCUUCCACCGUGGACAGUGGGGGACGGUGUGUGAUGAUCAAUGGGGCCUGGCUGAUGCUCAGGUGGUGUGCAGACAGAUGGGCUGUGGCAGGGCUCUGUCAGCACCAUCAGUUGCUUAUUUUGGACAGGGCAGUGGACCCAUCUGGAUGGAUGAUGUCUCUUGCACAGGCAGCGAAUCAAAGCUUGGAGAGUGUAGGCACAAUGGGUUUGGAUCACACAACUGUGGACACAAUGAAGACGCUGGUGUCGUCUGUGAAGCUGCUGCACCAGUCAGGCUGGUCAACUCUAAUAACCGCUGCUCUGGCAGAGUGGAGGUCUACCAUGAUGGUCUGUGGGGGACAGUGUGUGACGAUGCCUGGGACCUCAGUGAUGCUAACGUGGUGUGUAGACAGCUGGACUGUGGCCCUCCUCGUUCAGCAUUACUAAAUGCAGCUUUUGGACAGGGCAGUGGACCCAUCUGGUUGGAUGAUGUUGGUUGUUCUGGCAACGAAAUAUCAAUAACAGAGUGCAGACAUCCAGGGCUUGGGGUCCACAACUGUAAUCACGUUGAAGAUGCCAGUGUCAUCUGUGAAGAAUCUAACAGCACAGUUGUACCCACCAUACCUGUUACAACACCUGGGAACAUCAUCACCUCUGAAGUGACAGCUGACAUCCUCUCCACCACAACACCCGACAACAGCUCAGCAGUUGAGAGUGAGGUCCGUCUGGUUAACAGAGGGAACCAGUCCUGCUCUGGCAGAGUAGAGAUCUUCCACCGUGGACAGUGGGGGACGGUGUGUGAUGAUCAAUGGGGCCUGGCUGAUGCUCAGGUGGUGUGCAGACAGAUGGGCUGUGGCAGGGCUCUGUCAGCACCAUCAGUUGCUUAUUUUGGACAGGGCAGUGGACCCAUCUGGAUGGAUGAUGUCUCUUGCACAGGCAGCGAAUCAAAGCUUGGAGAGUGCAGGCACAGAGGGUUUGGAUCACACGACUGUGGACACAAUGAAGACGCUGGUGUCGUCUGUGAAGCUGCUGCACCAGUCAGGCUGGUCAACUCUAAUAACCGCUGCUCUGGCAGAGUGGAGGUCUACCAUGAUGGUCUGGUGGGGGACAGUGUGUGACGAUGCUGGGACCUC